AGGAGUAUUAAUUCCAACCUAACCGUUACCACUCACCAGUCACAACCGCUACAAAAAUUUUAGCUGAAUCCUAUCGUAAUCGUUCCAUUUUUAUAUUCGCGGAAGCACGCCGCCGCCGCCGCCCUAGCUUAUUGGAAAUCUGAAAUCACGGCGGAGCAGGUAGAGAAAUGAUGAAUAAAUUGGGAUAACAUUUGCAGACUACAGUGAUCUGGAUAUUUAGUUCUUAAUCUCAUUUUAUGGACUAAAGCCAGAACAAACUCGAAAUGAGGAAAGAAUUCUUUGCGAAUUUACCGUUAGAAAUCACCACUGAUAUCCUCUCGAGACUCCCCCCUAGAGCUGUUGUUAGCUGCAAGUGUGUUUGCAAGUCAUGGCUGAAGCUGCUCAACUCUCACGAGUUUGUGAAGUCUCAUCUUUCUAAGUCAGUCCCGGGGAUGGCUGUUGUCCGGUCUUGUGUGGAGUCUAACUCGUACGAAGUUUUUGAAUUUGAAGACAGCCUUGAUCUUGAACACCAUCAUCUCCGCUACAGAUUGGUCACCAAGUUUGCUUUCCCUUUUGCGGAAGUGAUACGAGGUUCAGCUAAUGGGUUGCUAUUUCUGACCGGUGACCAACCUUCUGAUCUUUACAUUUGCAACCCUAUAACACGGCACUACAUCAAGCUCCGCCCAGACGUGGACUCGGUCUACUCGUUAUCUCAAAUCGUUGCGUAUGGAUUUGGAGUGUCCAGGGUGACUGGCCAACAUAAGGCGGUUAGGAUUGUCUACGACUAUGAUCUAGAAACAGAGGAUUCGCUUAGAGUUACCAAAUCUCAAUGUGAGGUAUACACUCUUGGAACACGAACAUGGAGAAGCGUCAUACCUGGUGCCCUGCUAAUGUAUGAUACAUUUGGGAUAUUUCUUAAUGGAAAUCUUCACUGGUUGGUGGUAGAUCCAAAUGCCCCAUCACAGAUUUCUUGCUUUGAUCUUGAAACAGAGUUUUUCACCACCUUCUCUCAUCCUCCUCUUUUGGCGAAUGGAGGGUUUGUCGGGAACCUAUCAGUUCUGGCAGGUAGCCUAUGCUUAUGUGAUAAUUCAUCCGAAGACAAAAUUGUCAUCUGGGUGAUGAGGGAAUAUAGGGUCGAGACGACUUGGGCAAAGGAGUACAUCAUCAGCAAAGAUCCCGAUCUUUGUGGAGCUUAUGUGCUUGUUUUCCCUAUCAAAGUUUUCGAAGAUGGUGACAUCUUGAUGGAGUGUGAAGACUUUGUCCUGUUCUACUACUCGGACAAGACUAAAACUACGCAUAAGAUUGAAAUGUUCGAGGCUCGUGGCGGAAAUCAUUCCCGGAUCGAUGCAAUCCUCCACACCCCGAGCUUUAUGUCGCUGAGAGGUUUCGAAAUGGAGGACGUGAAUUCGUUCUGAGCUCGAAGCUUCUUACUUAAGGUAGCAUAUUCGUAUUAGUUGUAAUAUGCUCAGACUUCAGGAUGCGCAAUGUAUUUGUUCUAAUAAUCCAACUAAAUUUUUAUUAUUA